GAGGGAAAAAUAAAAGCCCUUUUUUGGUUUCUCAUUUUUUAUUUAAUAAUCCUACUCUGUAUUGAAUUUUCAGAAAAUGCUUGGAACUGUAGCAAUUCAACCACCCAUUUGGCUUCCAUCAUCAAAACCCACAAUCUGUUUUCCAGGAAAACUUCCAAAUUCAGGAGUCACACGGUACAAAAUCCACACUUGUUCACUCUUAUCCACAUUCGCACAUCAUUUCUCCCUCCAAAGAAAGGACAGAUUUCAGACCCAUGUCUCUCCAAAUGCUUCCUCUUCUUCUUCUUCUGCUUCAGUUGGAAGUGCAGAAUACAUAGAAGAACCUUCAACAAAUGUGAAAUUUCAGACAUCACUGACCCUGCCAGAGUGCUCAAGUCCAUUAUCUCUUCUUGGAACUGGGUACAGGGAAAAGGUUUUUGCAAUCAUUGGUGUUAAGGUCUAUGCUGCGGGAUUAUACUUGAAUCAGUCUAUCUCAAAUAAAUUGAAUGCCUGGAAAGGACGAUCAGCGACUGAGAUUCAAGGGGAUUCAUCCUUGUUUGAUUCAAUUUUUCAGAUUCCUCAGGAGAAAUCAUUACAGAUUGUACUAGUCAGAGACGUUGAUGGUAAAACCUUCUGGGAUGCUUUGGAUGAGGCUAUCUCCCCAAGAAUCAAAGCACCCAGUCCUGUUGAUGUAUCUGCUCUCUCCACAUUCCGUAGCAUCUUCCAAGGGCGAUCUCUAAGGAAAGGAACUUUCAUAUUUUUGACUUGGAUGGAACCAUCCAAAAUGCUUGUUUGCAUCUCAUCUGAUGGUCUGCCUUCUUCUGUGGAUGCUACAAUCAAGUCAAUGAAUGUGACAAUGGCCCUCUUUGAUGUAUUUUUUGGAAAUUCUCCGGUUUCUCCUUCCCUCAAAGCUUCUGUCGCUAAUGGUUUGGCAACAGUUCUCAAAUAAAUUCCACUUCAAGUUAGCUUCUUAUAUUGGCCUUUUCUUUUUCUUCUUUUUUUUUUUUCAUGAAUGAGUGGAUAACUCCAUGAUUUGGUUUAGAUGCCUGCCCAUCUGUUCAUAUAAAACCAUAAACAUGGAAGCCCGUCAAAUAGUUUAAGGUCCAAACUGCCUUCUCUUUUCUUUUUCUUUGCAUUCUGAAUAAGCAACUAUUGACUGAUGGCAUCUGGGGAAGCAAAGGAAUUGCCACUUGAAUAAUUUCUAAACAA